GUAGUAGCAGGCGCUUUCGCGCAGUUGCCGAAUGUGCUCGCCAGUGUGUUCGUGCAGAAAACUAAAGGAGAGACCUGCUGAGUUGAACAAGGUAGUUAUUGCAACGAGAAAGGAAGGGGAUAUUUAGCUAUUCUUUUUAAAAGACUAAACUGGACCAGAGGACCUCUCUCCCUUGCAUACGCGUGUUAAAGGGAGGGAGGGGAACGGCACAGAAUGAUGUUUGAAGUACCCUCUACAGUUAACUUGCGAGAGUGUUUUUGCUGAGUUGAAAAUAUUAAGUUUAGGUUCGAGAAAAACAAGGUAACUCGAGCGCAAUGGAGAGCCAACCACCCGAGCCGCAAAUCUACGAGGACGUUCGAAAGAGCGGCUAUCUCCGCAAGCAGAAAUCCAUGCACCGGCGAUACUUCGUGCUCCGGACGGCCUCGGAGAGGGGCCCGGCCCGGCUCGAAUACUACGAGAGCGAGAAGAAAUUCAGAGGAAAGACACCCGUCCCCAAGAAAGCCCUGGUGCUGGAGACGUGUUUCAACAUCAAUAAGCGGGCUGAUGCCAAGAACAAGCACAUGCUAGUGCUGUACACUCGGGCGGAGAGCUUUGCCAUCGCGGCAGAAAACGAGGCGGACCAGGACGAAUGGUAUCAGGCCAUGGUGGAGCUGCAAUGCAAAAGUAAGGUGGCUAGUACCGACACCGGUCCGGGAGGGGACUACGGUGUACCAACCCCAGGCCCCGCCUUCAAGGAGGUGUGGCAGGUCAAGGUGUGGCCAAAGGGGCUGGGCCAGGCCAAGAACCUGGUGGGCGUCUACCGGUUGUGCCUGACUGAGAAGACGGUCAACUUCGUCAAGCUUAAUUCAGACGCCGCAGCCGUGGUCCUGCAACUGAUGAAUGUGAGGCGCUGCGGUCACUCCGAGAACUUCUUCUUCGUGGAGGUUGGUCGUUCCGCGGUCACGGGCCCCGGGGAGUUCUGGAUGCAGGUGGAUGACUCUGUGGUGGCCCAGAACAUGCAUGAGACCCUGCUGGAAGCCAUGAAGGCCUUGAGCGAGGAGUUCCGCCAACGCAGCAAGUCGCAGUCCAACUCCGGACCAGGAGGGGGCGCUACAGCCUCCAACCCCAUCAGCGUCCCCUCGCGACGCCACCACCCCAACCCGCCCCCCAGCCAGGUGGGCUUCACCCGCAGGCCCCGCACUGAGCCGCCUGGAGGGGCUGGAACUGGGGGCAACAGUGCCAAUGCAUCGCCCACUCCCCGCCACAGCUUCCCCAGGUCACGCACAGCCAGCGACGGGAGUAAAGGUGAAGACUGUGUGGGUGGAGUGUGUGGAGGGGUAGGGCAGAGUUCCAGUCUUACUACCAACGGGUCCUGCUCCACCACGCCCAUCCUCAGGUCCAAAUCGGCCCGCUCGGCCCCCACCCUGGCCAAGAACAACCCCAUGGGCCUGAUGCGCUCUGUCUCCACCCCAUCCCCCUCCCCGGCCCCCAGCCUCUCCUCCAGCUCCGGCCACGGCUCAGAGUUUGGGAUAGUGGUGGGUGCGACCGGAGGAGGGAGUGGUGGAGCAGGGGCCAGUGCAUACAGCCGCGUCCCCUCGCACAACGCUUCCGUGUCGGGCUCCCCCAGCGACUAUGGCUCCUCGGACGAGUACGGCUCCAGCCCUGGGGAGCAAUCCCCCCACUCCCUCCUGGCCCCCUUCCCCAACAUGCCUGGAGGGUCAGCCGGGUCGGGCGGCCACGGUCAACCCCUGGACGAUGAGGCUGCUAACUACACCCUAAUGGGUCAGCGUGGUGGUGGAGCCACGUCAUCUGGCUGUCUGCCUGCUGGUGCAUCCAGCUCAGCCCCUUCCCACCAGGCCCAGACCAAGAGAGUCUUGCGUCGCUCCUCCAGCCGGGAAUGUGAGGCUGAGAGGGGGCUGCUGAGCAAGCGGGCGUCCCUGCCCCCCAUGGCACUGGAGCGACUGGCCCCACGGCCCCGCAGGGGGGAGGAGGAGCAGGACGAGGAUGCGGCCGACUACGCCAUCAUGUCACGAAGCACCAGCAGGGAGUCCUUCACCACCUCCUCUUCACGGAGAGAUUCUGAAAUAAGCCCCGGUGGAGAGGGGGGAGGAGGGGGGUACCUGGAUGUGGCUGGAGAGUUGGGUGGAGGUGUAGUGCGGGAUAAUGGCUACAUGUCCAUGCUCCCGGGAGGAGUGACCCAACCCCCUGUCAACCUCACCAACUCUCUUUCCGCCUCGGUUGCUGACGAGUCCAAGCUGGCGGACGACUACAUGGCCAUGACACCCAACAACAGCGUAUCACCGCCACAACAGAUCCGGCCCCCUCCCGGAGACGGCUACAUGAUGAUGUCACCCAACAGCAGCUGCUCUCCGGACCAGCGUGGUGGCCUGGCAGGCGGGGCCUGGGUGGGCAGCAGCAGCGCGGACAGCCGGGCGGGCAGCGACUACAUGAACAUGUCCCCCAUCAGCGCCCGCUCGGCCAACAGCAGCCCCCCUCCCCCAGAGCACCCCCCUCAGACAGACCCCCAUCCCCUUCAGCAGGCCCCGCAGACCGACCCCCAUCCCCUUCAGCAGGCUCCCAAGAUGGUCUACUCCUACUACUCACUGCCCCGCUCCUACAAACACACGCCACCUGGUGGACACUUUGAGGACGGCCGAGGAAGGAGGCCCAAUGGGAGCGGUGGUGGUAGAGGGGUUGGCAGGGCAGUGGGUGGUCGUCAGGACCCCAAUUUGGGUGCGGUCCAAGGUCGCCACCUGUCCCUCUCCUCGUCCUCAUACUCCUCCAGCUCGGCCAGCAGCGAGAGCCUAGGGGAGAAUGAGGACAGGUCUUCCCAGGGAGCAGGCCCCUCAGGUGGGGGAGCUCACUCUAAAGACAUAGGGCUCCUCCAGCAGAGACGGGCGGCCCCCAAGCAGGGCCAGCAAGGGGGAGCCAGGACCCGGCCGGUCAGCCUGUUUGUGGACGUUUCCAAAGCCAACACCCUCCCCAGGGUCCGUGAGAACCCCCUCCCCCCGGAGCCCAAGAGCCCAGGGGAGUAUGUGAGCAUCCAGUUCAGAGGAGGGCCAGGAGGUGGGGAAGGGAGGGGACUCAGACAUGGGAUGUCCCUCCCUCGCGGUUCCAGCCAGCGCCCCUCACACCAGCCCACGUCCUGCCUGGGGGGGUUCCUGCCCCUCUCCCGCAGCCCCUCUGCCCCCCUGACACCCCUCACCCCACCAUCAGCCUCUGAGUAUGUCAACAUGGACCUGGGGCCCUCUCCGUCCCCCUCGCCCCUCUCCCUGACACCGCUGGGCUUCCCUUCCUUCCCCACCCCUCCUACGCCCCCUUCCAUAGCCCUGGCACCCAAGGCCCGCGGUGUGCUCAGGGUGUCCCCUCAGCAACAAGGGGAACCCGAGGGGGCUGAAGCAGGGCCCAGGAUAAACAGACAGACUACCCGCGUUGUGGUGACUCAAUCAGAAUCCCCUACCUCCUGCGGGGACUAUACAGAGAUGGCCUUCAGCCUGAACAACAACAGCAUUGCCAGCUCCAUGUCCAACAACACCUCCUCCAAAGCCCCCUCCCCAGCCAGCCCCAAGCCACCAGCCCCUGUCCUCACCUUGGGCCUGGACUUCCCCCUGGCCAAAACCGGGCCCAACCCGGACCACGGAGCUAAAGUGAUCCGGGCCGACGCCCAGGGCCGCAGACGCCACUGCUCCGAAACCUUCCUCCCCUCCCCCUCUUUCCCUCCCCAAUCCUCCAACUCUUCCUCUGUCGCCUCCCUCUUCCCGGAGCACGCCCAGGCUGUGGCUCGCCGUCUGGGGUUGGAGGGCGUGCUAUGGGGAAACGGAGCAUCAGCCGAGCAUCUCCCCGCGCAGUUCCUCCAUCCCGGGCCUGGCCUGUCCUCUGCUCAGACGUCAUCCAUGGAGCAAGGCCUCAACUACAUAGACUUGGACUUGGCUAACAAAGAGAACCCUCAUGCAGCCCUAGACGGGUCUUCAACCGUCCAGGCCAACCCCCUUCGCCUCUACUCGUCCAUGUUGACCGGGGGGGCCGGGGUGGUGGUGUCCGGGGCUGGAGUGGGGGGCAGUGUAGGCUCCAACCUCAACACCUAUGCCAGCAUCGACUUCUACAAGUCAGAGGAGUUGCGAACGCAUCAGAACGGAAACAAGGAUGGUACAGAAUGCUGAUGUCUAUGGCCUUGGAAUUAUGGGGGGGAAAUUACAGGAGACUUGGAGAUCCCUAAGCUCCUUAUCCUUUUGUGACAACCAAUGGGAAGAGAGAGAAGUUGGACUGGUCACGCCCCUGAAAGCACUUUGGAAAGACGGAUGGAAAACCUUUAUUUUGUUGCUUUCAGUUUAUUGGUUGUGAUACCAAUGGGGAUGCGUGCCGAUUCUAGUCCGUGAAGGGAGGACUCUCAGCCAAUAAGAGAGAAGAAUAAAGACUGACUGCGGACCGGGAGCCAAUGAUAUUUUUCAAUCAUCAACCUAAAUGAAAACACAAUUAACCAAUCGAAAAGCAGGAUUUCAUCUAAUGAUGGCUGAAUAUACAUAGUAUUAUAAGGAAAUAUAUAGAAGUAUAUAUCCUUUCAAAAGUGCCUCAUUUUUUGAUUGUAGCCAUUUUACAAAGAACUUAGCAUUGACUAAGGAACUGAAGAAGCUUCAGUUUUUGUGCUCCUUUUGAAGUAGAAUAUGUUGUGGCGACCAGAUGUAACGGACAAAGAAGAGAGCACUGGUACUGGUAUAUAUUUUGAAUAAUAACGAUGAUGAUGAUGAUGAUGAUGAUGAUGAUGAUGAUAAUAAUAAUAGCAAUUAGCUGGCCUGACUGUGUUACUGUGAGAGAUGUUAGCGGCAUAGCUUCUAAUGACUUCUAUGCUCACCGCUUCAAUGUAGCUGACAGAUGUUUCUCUCUCUCUCCACUCUCUUUCAAUAUCUCUAUCUCUCUCUGCCCACACCUCUCAUCCAAGAAUGCAGAGUUAUUCUAUAUCACAUAUCAACAUGCUCACAUACUACACAAUAUGCUCUGGUCAAUAUGUAUUUAAUGCACAGAGAGACACUUGGCACUUGUUGCCGAUAAAGACAACUAAAAAAAACUAUUGUAUGGAACUAUAUUUAACCAUAAAUAGUUCUUUCAGAUACUUGUAUUAAUUAUAACACAGAAAUAGAUUACUCCACAAUUUCCGUAAUCUUAGCCUGUCUACACUGAACAAAAUAUAAAACGCAACAUGUAAAGUGUUGCUCCCAUAUUUCAUGAGCUGAAAUAAAAGUUCCAUACACACAAAAAGCGUAUUCUUUAGCUCCCGAGUGGCGCAGCGUUCUAAGGCAUUGCAUCUCACUACAGACCCUGGUUUGAUUUCAGGCUGUGUCACAACCGGCCGUGAUUGGGAGUCCCGUAGGGCAGCGCACAAUUGGCCCAGCGUUGUUCGGGUUCGGGUUUGGCCGGGGUAGGCCAUCAUUGUAAAUAAGAAUUUGUUCUUAACUGACUUGCCUUGUUAAAUAAAGGUGAAAUAAAACAUAGAUGAAUACAUCUCUAAAAUUGUGUGCACAGAUUUGUUUACAUCCCUGUUAGUGAGCAUUUCUCCUUUGCCAAGAUAAUCUAUCCACCUGACAGGUGUGGCAUAUCAAGAAGCUGAUUAAACAGCAAGAUCAUUACAUAGGUGCACAUUGUACUGGGGACAACAAAAGGCUACUCUAAAAUGUGCAGUUUUGUCACACAAGAAAAUGCCAUAGAUGUUUCAAGUUUUGCCCAAUUGCAAUUGGCAUGCUGACUGUGGGAAUGUCCACCAGGGCUGUUGCCAGAGAAUUUAAUGUUGAUUUUUCUACCAUAAGCCGCCUCCAACGCCGUUUUAGAGAAUUUGGUAGUUUGUCGAACCAGCUUCAUAACUGCAGACUAUGUGUAACCACACCAGCCCAGGACCUCCACCUCCGGCUUUGUCACCUACGGGAUCAUCUGAAACCAGCCGCCCGGGCAGUUGAUGAAACUGGGAGUUUGCACAACAGAACAAUUUCCUCACAAACGUCUCAGGGAAUCUCAUCUGCGUGCUCAUCGUCCUCACCAGGGCCUUGACCUGACUGCAGUUUGGCGUCGUAACCGACUUCAAUGGGCAAAUGUUCACUUUCUAUGGUCACUGACCAAGUGUGCUCUUCACUGAUGAAUUCCGGUUUCAACUGUACCAGGUAGAUGGCAGACGGUGUGUAUGGCAUCAUGUGGGUGAGCGGUUUGCUGAUGUCCAUGUUGUGAACAGAGUGCCCCAAUGGUAGCGGUGGGGUUAUGGUACUGACAGGCAUAAGGUACAGACAAUGAACACAUUAGCAUUUUAUCGAUAGCAAUUUGAAUGCACAAAGAUACGCUGACGAGAUCCUGAGGCCCGUUGUCGUGCAAUUCAUCCGCCUCCAUGUCCUCAUGUUUUCAGCAUGAUAAUGAACGGCCUCAGGGAUCUGUAUACAAUUCCUGGACGCUGAAAAUGUCCCAGUUCUUCUUGGCCUUUAUACUCACCACACGUCACCCAUUGAGCAUGUUUGGGAUGCUCUGGAUAAACGUGUAGUCCAGACUACUUUACACAGCCAUUGAAGAGGAGUGGGGCAACAUUCCACCUGCCAAAAUCAACAGCCUGAUCAACUCUAUGCGAAGGAGAUAUGUCGUGUUCCAUGAGACAAAUGUUGGUCACACCAGAUAACGACUGGUUCUCCAUUUUUGUUCAGUGUUGUAAUUAUAGAAUCACCCACGUUUGGUAGGCUAUACUGUUUCAUGCAAUACUUUAUGGCCAUGGGCAUGGUUGUUCAUGCAGUGGUUACAAUGUGCCACUGUUCAAACGUUGCUAUAAGGCCUUAAAAAGUCAGCAGCAAAGCCACGGGAGCAAACGAGUUUGGUACAGGGACAGACGACAUUUUUUACAUGCAAAUCUGAUUGGAUACAGCAUUUGAUCAUUUACAUAUCAGCCUCAAUUUAACUUCCAAAGUUUAUUUUUUCUCUCUGAGGGCAAAUCAGGGAUUUCUCCGGGUACAGGGAACAAGCUACCAGCUGACUGUCCCAGGAAAUUGGGGACUGUCCCGGGAAAUCUGGGACAUCUUGUCACGCUAGUCCAUAGGGAUAAAAGAGGUGCUAACAAUAGCCCUUGCUAAUGUUGGCUUACCUAACGUCUGGCUUUGAUAACAUGGCGUGCCUCGCUUAGCUGUGGGCAACAUGCUAACUUUAGCCUAGUCAGCAAAGUAUUCGGUUCUGAGGCAUAGAUAGGGCCACAACCCUCCUUUAUGUUUCUCAGUUGCCGUCUCUCUCUCUCUCUCUCUCUCUCUCUCUCUCUCUCUCUCUCUCUCUCUCUCUCUCUCUCUCUCUCUCUCUCUCUCUCUCUCUCUCUUUGGCUCUUACUUUAUACUCUUUCUGCUAUGCAUUAGCACUAAAGUGCCUGUCUGUCUGCCUGUCUGUCUGUCUAUAUGUCUGUCCCUGUCUUUCCCUUCAGCGCUAUGAGGGCACAAUAUAUACAGUCUAUUUUCCUCUUAUUUCUCUAUUAUUGGCUGUUCAAUAUUGUGUAAACUUAAGGUACCCUGCCCUGAUUGAUGUGUCAAUGAUGUUCAAGGAUGUAGUGACCCAUGAAAUGACUUGACCAAUGGCCCCUACCUUUGUGUUUGUAUUGGGUUCGUGCUGGCUGUUUUGGCCCCGUGGAGGACUCCAUUGAGGACCUCAUCUAUGGAUGGCCCUAUCAGUGCCAAAACAAAAAUACGUUUUGACUCUUUGACAAUAUAUUAAAUAGCUAGCUACAA